GCCAAAGACUGUUCUCCGUGCUCCAAUAAUUCUUCAGCACCGGAGCAUGAAGUGAGUAGCUACCAGGGUGAGGUAUGCGUCGCUGAUCCACGCACUUUGCACCUACACAGUAUGCUCUGUGGGAAGGAAAGAAAAUCAGCCUGACGAAAAGAAAAUCGGAAUAAGAGGUUAAAAUCACAGCGCGGAAUCGUAAACUCCAGAAUAACAGAAUAAUGUCAGAUUCGGAACAAUAUCAAGCGAUACAUUUUGCAUCAGAAGGUAAUUUUUUUUGUGAAGAUUGAAGAUAAUCUCUGCCGAGUUGGGGUGACGAUUUGGAACAGCAGAAUGUUGCCAGCUCAGGAGGCAGCUAAAAUUUAUCACACUAAUUAUGUGAGGAACUCAAGAGCGAUCGGUGUACUGUGGGCGAUUUUCACCAUUUGUUUUGCUAUCGUGAACGUGGUGUGUUUCAUCCAGCCUUAUUGGAUCGGGGAUGGCGUGGACACCCCCCAAGCCGGUUACUUCGGGCUCUUCCAUUACUGCAUCGGGAACGGGCUCUCCCGGGAGUUGACCUGUCGCGGUAGCUUCACUGACUUCUCCACCAUUGCGUCCGGGGCUUUCAAAGCCGCCUCUUUCUUCAUCGCCACAUCCAUGGCGCUCAUCAUGGGCUGCAUCGCCUGCUUCGUGCUCUUCUUCUUCUGUAAUACGGCAACCGUCUACAAAAUCUGCGGCUGGGUUCAACUUACAUCUGCUGGCUGCUUAAUCUUGGGCUGCAUGAUCUUCCCAGAUGGCUGGGAUUCAGAUGAAGUAAAACGCAUGUGUGGGGAAAAAACAGACAAGUAUACACUUGGUGCCUGCUCUGUUCGCUGGGCCUACAUACUGGCAAUUAUUGGAAUCCUAGAUGCUCUCAUCCUUUCAUUUCUGGCAUUCGUCCUCGGCAACAGACAAGAUGGUUUACUGCCAGAUGACUUCAAAGUGGAUGCCAAAGAUGAUGGAAAUGCUUAAGAAAGUAAGGCAAUUAACAGUAACUGCUUAUUUUAUCCACACCAAAUUAAAAAGGAAGCUCUACCGAAGAUCUGUCAACUAUUCCUGCAAACUGGCAAAACAUGGAGUAAACUGUUACAAAUUCAAGCCAUGAACUGUGGAUUUGCAAAUGUACUAUCAACUUGAAUGCCACAAGAGAUCACAUUUACUUUGUUUUGAGUAAGUCUAGAUAUUGCAGAGAAACUUCCUUCCAGAAGAGAAUACAUGCCUACCUCCUGAGGUUAAUUCUCUUAGAUGAACAGUUGAGCUGUGCUGUGAAUAUUUUGUAUAUGUACAGCAAAGUCAACAGGUGAAGGUUUGAAAUCUAGGUUUUUGCUUUUCUUUCCAGCGAUUGGAUUUUGUAUAGUUGUCACAAUUGUCAGAAGAUUAACUUCAUUGUCUCUUUGUUGGCAACCCAAUGGCUUCUAACAUCACAAAGAAUGUAUUUUACAUGUCAGUAUAUUAUACAAGGUAGUUGCAUAUCUUGAUUUGUCACUGUUUCUGUAACUAUAUUGAACUCUAAUAUUGGUCUCUGGUUGUUUGUCUUAUUCUUGAUUUUUGCUUUUAAAAAAAACACCAAUUUAGAGAUCAGCCUACCUCAAUGUAUUGUGAAAAUGUAUAUUACUAGACGUGACAUCUUUUGACAAAUAUUACAACUUAUUCAACUGAAAACAUUAAAGUGGCUGUUUGUUCAAGUUACUCACUGUAAUUAAGGGUAUUUUAGAAGUUAAGCAUCUGUGUAAGCUUUGUUAUUACAAUACAUAAUUUGUAAUGAUCACCCUUUAAUUAUUUCUAAGAUAGUUUUAAUGCCAGCCUUAAUACUACAGCCAAAUUUCAGCCCCUUUAAGAAAAUUCAUCUAAUCAAUAUUAUGCUAGACUCACUAGUUCAAUAGUUAAAAUUAAGGCAAAGUACAAAUCAAAGUAGCAGUACAAAGUGUUGAUAUACCAUAUCAAGGACAGAAGAAAGUCUGGAGAACCAAUUACAUGUGAACAACACUAAAAUUGUUCAUUUCUUCCCCCUCUCUUCCCUGCCCCCCCCCACCCACCAAACACCAACAUGGUUAAGUUAGUCUGCAUCUUCCCCCAAGACAUUAUUCAAUCCAACAAAAGCAAGCUACAAACAAUAACUACUUUAUAGGGUUGUCUACAAUAGUUUAAAAACAUUAGGGUUAAAAUGUAUAAGUCAGUCAUGGGAGGAACUGAUAGAUACACAUUGUAGAGCCUGAAAAUUGUGCUUCCAGCUGUUCAAUGGCAAUCAGCACCGCAAGAACUUGCUCAUAUCCUUCCAUAUGAUGGCAAGCAGGACCAGAGAAAUGUGGAAAAGAAAUUGAUUAUAUGAAAACUUCUGUUCAGCAAUACAGAAUACUAGAGAUGCACAAUGUUGCAAACUUCAAUGACCACAAGCUUUAGAUAACAAAGACUUUUGCUUGUUGGGACAGAUUCUUAACCUGUCAAUCUUUGUUCCAUAACAUUUGCCUAUCUUUACUGUUUCAAAACUAUAGGUUGUGUAUGUGCUGUUUACCUGUAUACCUUUACAGUGACAGUUAUAAAACAAUGUUGCUGUUUUGUCCUGGUGUAAUAUGUCAAACUGCUCUUAUACAUGUUGUAGAAAUCUUGAUCACAUGUUGUAGAAAUCUUGAUCACAAGAAAUUUUCUGUUCAUGGCAUCAAGAACUAGAACCCAUGCCCAAUUUUCUGCCAGAGCGCUCCACAUCAUAUACUCACUUAAUACCGGCAUCAUUGUGGAUCUCUUUGGAAGAGAUCAAAUAAAAUUUUGUUGAAGCAUGAAUAUUGUAUCCUAAUUAAGUGGUCUUCAUACCCAUUUUGCCAUCACAGCAAUUACUGACACUGAGGCUGUAAAGGUAAAUGACAUAAUUUGUAACAAACCUUGGAUUUUCAUUAUUAUCUGAAUGAUUGUUAAUAAGGCAUUUUAGAACUAUUUCUCCCAAAUCAAAAAACUUUCAUCUAAUCUACCACUAGUCAAAUGUUUUCCCACUCAGCUCAACCAAGUUGCUUCUUCAUAUCCAAUUCCCUCUUAAGACCAUUGCCCAAAAAUAAGUUUUUUUUAAAUAAAGUGUCAUUGUCAGUAAUAAACAUUCAAGAUUAUGUUCAUUCCAAAAGCUGAAUGGUCAAAUUUCAGAUAAUUCUUGAAUAGUAUUGAAAUACAAGUUUCCAGAAUGUGACACUGACCUGCAAGUUCUUAAAGUACACAUCAUAUUUUGUAUUCUGGAGAUCAGGUGAACAAUUUAUUACACAAUUUGAAUUAAUAAUGCAGAAGUGAGUAGUGGACUAUGCCACAUUUAUCAGCUUCAAAUAUCACUUUUGCAAAUGGGUAAUUAAAAAUUUUAAAGUAUAUUUAACAAUUAGCAGUCAAAAUUGUGCAUGUUUUUUUUAAAAAGUGUGGGAAAUAUCUACUGCUAAAACCUUGAACU